AUGGCCGCAUCGGCAACACUCCAGACCCGCGUUGACUUGCAGGCCGACAGAAGUAGGGAACUCAAUAUUACGACAACGAUUGUGCUAGUACUUUCAGUGGUUUUUGUUGCUUUGCGUUUCUGGGCCCGUCAUAUCAGGGCUGGCUACGGAGCCGAUGACUGGAUGACAGUCGCCGCGUUGGUGGCUGUUUUCAUCUCUGGCGCGGUGAAUUAUACUAUGAUCAGUCAUGGGCUUGGUAGACAUGCCGACGCUGUGCCCACCGCAGACCAGGUUGCCUUCUUCAAGCUCCUUGUGGCGUUUGAGUGCAUCUAUGUCACUGCAGUUAUGCUUGUGAAGCUCGCUCUGCUGCAAAUGUACUUGCGCAUCUUUUUAUCUCGCGGCUUCAGGGUGUGUGCAGCUGUGAUAGCCACCAUCGUCGUCGGCUGGUGGAUCGCCAUCGUCGCCGUCUCCAUAUUUCAAUGUACGCCGAUCAAGAAGGCGUGGAUGCCGUGGAUUGAUGGAUCAUGCAUUAAUCUUAAAGCCUCCUUUAUCGGCAAUGCGAUCCCAAAUAUCGGCACGGAUGUUGCCAUAUUGUGCAUGCCAAUGAGACAGAUCUGGAAGCUGCACGCCAACCUGGCUCAGAGGCUAUCUUUGUGUGUCAUGUUCCUCCUUGGCAGCUUUGUUCUGUUUGCCAGCAUCUACAGAUUCACCACCAUUAUGCAGUUCGACCCAGUCGAUACUACGUGGACACUCGCCACAGCCUGUGCCUGGUGUGUCGUCGAGGUAGCUUGCGGAACUAUCGCUGUCUGCCUUCCAACCUUGCGGCCGCUCAUGGUGAAGAUCUCUAAACAGUUUGGCAGCUUAACUAAUAGCAAGGGAGCACAUAGUGGCCGAAGCGCAGUGGCCACAGAGCUCAUCACAAUAGGCGGAACCGGAGGCGCAAAGUCCGGGCAGAGGUACUUUCAACGGCUUGGGAACGAGUAUGAGCCCAACAAUAGCCAUGCGGAGAUUACUAGGUCAGAAGCAACGAGCCAGCAUGUUGGGCAGAGUGAUGCAAGUUCGGGAGAUGAGAUUCCGCUGCACAAAGGGGAUAAGAUUCCACAAUAG